AUGUAUGAAAUUCAAUUAGAUAAUUCAAAAGAAUUACAAGUUGAAUUAAUAAAUCCUGAUAAAGGAACAUUUAAUGGAGAAGAUGGAAAUAAAAAAAAAUUUAAAGAAAUUUUAAGAAGAGUAUUCAUAGGAAACUAUGAAGAUUCAAAAAAUAUUUUAUUGCUAAAUAAUACCAAUAUUACACAUAUUAUAAUUAUAAGAUUUUCUAAAGAAGAUUACACAACAAGAAUCAAUUUUCCUCAUAAAUUUGAAUAUUAUAUAAUUGAUUUAAAUAGUGAAUUUGAUUUCACAAGUUGUUCACAUUUUAAAUAUUUACUUGAUGAAAUACUAUUUGAAAAUAAUAAAAACAAAAUUUUUAUCCAUAGUUAUUUUUGCAUAAAUUAUAUUCUUUAUUUAUUAAUAUUUUAUAUCGUAACUACUUUAAAUUAUGAUAUUCAAGAUGUCAUUUCAUAUAUAAAAAAAAUAAUUAUUGAUUUUGUCAUUUCUGAUGAAGAAACAGAUAAAAUUUAUUAUUUCACAAAAAGACAUAAAUUAACAUAUUAUCCUGGGUAUUUAAAAAAAAUAUAUAUUAUUUUUUCCUUUUUAUUUACAGAUAAUUUUAAUAUUUCAUAUAUUUAA